AUGGGUACUGAAACACCUUUAAAAUCCUCGACUCAAGAAGUGGGAAGUAGUAUGUCAGAAGCCUCCAUGAAUGAUACUUAUUUCAGUAAUCAAGAAAAGGUGAUUCCCAAUGAGCUCAUUUCCCAGUUUCAAGCACUAACAAUCAGUAAUGAUAAAAAUAUGCCAGUGUUAGUAACUGGGGCAAUGAGUCCAGAAGAGGAGGUGCAAGAGCUCUGCAAGCAAUUAGCGAAAAGAGACGAGGAAGUUGUUCGACUUUCUACACAAUUAGCACAACAAGCUAAUGUUAAUGCAUCAAAACAAAAAGAGGUUGAAGUUGGGCAAAAUUCUUCACCCUCAAUACCUCCGCUAGCUAGUAUGCAACAUCCACCAGUCAGUGUGCAAUCACCACCAGCUGGUUCGCAACCAUCUUCAGAUCUGAAAACUUUGAUCAUGGAAAGUAUUCGAGAGUACCAGGCUGAAACAAGCAUGCCUAUCAUUGGAUACAACAAACCUUAUCCGGCUUAUUAUGAUCAAAUUCCGUUUCUAGCAAACUACAUUAGACAAAAAUUUGAAAAGUUUGAUGGAAUCGAAGGGUCUCCCCAUGAACAUCUGGCAUAUUUCACCUCUACGUGUGGUGAAUUCGCUCAGUCAGAUGCACUUUUGAUAAGCCAAUUUGUGCAAUCACUAAAGGGAGCAACCUUUACAUGGUAUACCAAACUUCCACCAGGGUCCAUAAAUACCUGGGAUGAUAUGCAAAAGGCCUUUUUAGCACAAUUUGUUAGUUUGAGAAAGGUGAUAAACAUCCAUGAUCUGGUGGAAACCAAACAAAGGCCUAAUGAAAAUGCAAACUGUUGA